AUGUCCUCAACUGACGCCGUCCUAUCCCGAGCCAAGGCCCCGAGCCGAGUUGGCCCUGCCCAGCGAGCCAGCCACGUUCUUCUGAUGAUCAAGUCAUGCGGAAACCACACACUGCCCAAUACAAGCACGAUAAGAGAUAAAAAAAAGUGUGAGACAGACAGACAGAGAGAGAGAGAGAGAGAGAAAGAAAAAGACAGCAAAAAACACAAAGGGACAAAGAGAGAGACAGAGACAGAGACAGAGAGACAGACAGAGACAGAGACAGAGAGAGAGAGAGAGACAGAGACAGAGAGACAGAGGCAGAGAGAGUUCAUCUCAAAGAAAAAAGCGUUUUCGAUGGCGACAACAGCGCGUGGUGGAAGCUUUGAGGUAUCGCGUGAAGUCAUGCAAAGCUGGCACCACAACGGUUACAUUGUAGUCCGCAGCUACUGGUACAAGAAUUGCAUUCCUUUCCCUCAAAUGUUGACAGCGUUUGUUGCCAUCGAUCGCUGUAGCACUGAAAACGGCUGCAUGCAGGAGCUGCCGGAGGAUCAUGUCGCCUUGGCUCCGGGCGAUUGUCUCUUCUUUCACUGCAAUCUUUUGCACAAGAGCAACGCCAACACGAGUCCGCAUCGUCGCUGGGCUUUUCUGUGUGCUUACAAUCGCGCAUCCAACAACCCACACCAGGAGCAUCACCAUCCCUUCUAUACGCCCCUCGAGACAGUGUCCAACUCGGCCCUCCUCUCCUGCACCACAGCAACUGACAUGGGGGACAAGGACUUCCUCGAUCCCGCUGAUGACCGCACAGCCAUUGCUGCUCGGUAA